AUGCAUAUCUUACAUUAUAGUGCUUGUCACUUUAGCUAUGUCUUCCUUUUUGGCUCUCGCCAUACCAUACCAAACUCUGAGUUUUCUAUCAUGCCCAAUGCUCUGACAAUGUUCAAGGGUGACCUGACACUUCGUGCAUCUUGGUUACAAUCUUACGAUGCUUUUGCUGUCGCUGUCCAGGACAAUCUAGUCAUCACUAUGCCCAACAUGCAAUUUGUUCCCAAGUUCCACCAUUUCGAAGAAGAAAACAUACAGGCCCGCACCAAUGGUUGUUUUGGUGUUGUUGACUGCUUUCAAUGGCCUCAAGCAUAUGACAACAUCUUUCGCAAUUCUUACACUCCCGAGCAAAAGGACUUCAAGACCAUCCCAGGCAAUUCAUUUCCUGUAGGCACACUUGCCUCUGACAAGGUCGAAGGCCUGGAGUCACUCCUCAAACUAGUAGACAAACAUGUACAGGACUGGAGGGCCAAUCAACAAGGCAAAAAGGAUGUCAUUGUAAAUUGUGUCAUCUCUCUUCGACACAGUAUCUCGUGGCUCAAAAAACAUCCUCUGACCUUUUGCAAUUUCCUCCUCUUCAUCAUGGAUGCCCAAUGCCUCUUCCUCAAAAUUUACUCCUUUAUGGAUUGGGUUCUCAUUGCCCAACCUCGCAUCUCCUCUGGCAUUGGGACUGUCAUUGUCAAGUCCGAAUGGAUGGGCACUUUCACGCAUGAAAGCAACAUGUGCAAUAAGCUCCACAUGGCUGGUGUGCCUGUCUGGUAUGUCUGCAUGAUGUCAUAUAUACCUGACAGUAUGAAGGUUCAUAAACCCGUAUUAAUUACACAUAUGGAUGACAUCGUCAUCUUGAUGUAUGUGGAGGGCAACAAAAUCUGCCCUUACGACAUCAUUUAUCAUGGCCAAGGUGGCCACCAGUGCCAACUUCACAUUCAUCACCUGUACGGUAGCACAACUUUCAGAAAUCCUGACGUCAUGGUUCCCUUGUCUGCUUCAUCCAGUAGUUUCUCUACUCCCAGUUCUUCUGCUCUUGCGCCAUCCUCUCAAACAUCCACUGCUGGAAGAGCACCUCAACAAAGUCUCGAAAAGCAUAGGCGACAACCUUACGCAAAAGAGGCUUGGCCCACCCAGCCCUCCCAGUCAGGGGAAUCCAGGGACAAGUGGAAAGACCCUGAGAGCCCGUAUCUUCCGCCCUCUCUUUUGCAUUGGGAUGAUGCCCUCAAGACUUGCAAUAAGGAUCCAUCUUGCAUGCACAUGCCCUACACCAUCGAUCGGGGAUACAAAUUUCCUAAAACUGCUCUUCUCCUCAGUCCCAAGCUGCUGGAGCACCUUCAGGGUUAUAUCACUACCUGGCUCGCCUGUUGUCCACUAUGGAUUGGCCAAGUCGAUCAUGACCCACCACGCAAUUACCCUUUGCCACAGCUCUGGUGCGACAUCCUUGGCAGUGGACUGACAACCCAAUCACAAGGUGCAACUCCCAAAGGCAAGGAUCCCCAAAAGAAGGGACCUAUGGCAGUGGAGAAGUGCAAGGCAGUGAUGAGGGACUUGUUUGGCAAUGACAUGUUGGAGACUCAGGGAGACCUGUCUGCACAAGAAGGAUCAGUGGAAUUUCAUGGCGAACAAGUGUUGGUUGCCAGUCUCGCUAACCCUCCACGGCGUCUCACCCAAAGGAUCACAUGGGAGUUAUUCGAGCUUGGUUUCCAUUAUGAGCUGAGGGAUCUCGAUUGCUACUUGACCUGCAAACAUUGGGAAGAUGAUCUGAUUGGUCGUGAGCAGCUCCUUCAUUCUAUCUUCCCCAGCAAGGCUGGAUUAGUCAUGUGGUCAGAGCAAUUUCUGGAGGACAACUAUGGCAUGUGGAAUAACACCUUAGUUGGUGUUUUACCUUACCUGCAGAAAUUCCGUGAACUUCUCUGUGCUUGGGAUGACGCUCCGCUGCUCCUGGUUGUGCCACUGACGCCAGAUAGCUUCACGGAUACCAAGUGUUGGGAAGUCAUGCACCUGCGACCGUCUUUUAUGUGCAGACAUUCUUUUGUCAUUUUGGCAGGCCCCCCAUUGUUCCCCAUUCCAUCCCUUUGUGAUUGA